AAACAAUCCCACACUGGGCAUGCGUCACUGGAAUAAUGGAGGACUGAUGAUGACUGUAUUUCUGCUCUACUCUCCAUAAUUGCAGAUCCAAAACUACUCGUCUGCAUCACUUGUAGCAGUUGAGGACAAAGUAUCUCUUCGAGAUGACCACUGACAGUCCAGCCCAGAGCGUGGGCUCUAAGAUCAUGACAUUUACUCCUUCUAAAGAGGAGUUUAAAGACUUCAAUCGAUACAUAGCCUACAUGGAGUCCCAGGGAGCACACAAAGCUGGGAUGGCCAAAGUAAUUCCUCCAAAAGGCUGGAAACCCAGAAAGACAUAUGAUGAUAUCGAUAAUCUUGUUAUCCCAGCUCCCAUUCAGCAGGUUGUGACUGGCCAGACGGGCCUUUUCACACAGUACAAUAUUCAGAAGAAACCACUGACUGUCAGUGAGUUCCGUAACAUGUCAAAUUUGGACAAGUACUGUCAUCCCCAAUUUGUGGAUUAUGAUGAGUUGGAGAGGAAAUUUUGGAAGAACCUGACCUUCAAUCCGCCUCUUUAUGGGGCUGAUGUUAGUGGGACCCUAUAUGAUACAGAUGUGUGUGAAUGGAACAUUGGUCGACUUAACACCAUAUUGGACAUGGUGGAGAAUGAGAGUGGCGUAAAGAUCAAAGGUGUUAACACACCUUACCUCUAUUUUGGCAUGUGGAAAAGCUCUUUUGCAUGGCACACAGAGGAUAUGGAUCUGUACAGUAUCAACUACUUGCACUUUGGAGAACCUAAAUCCUGGUAUGCAGUCCCCCCUGAUCAAGGGAAGAGAAUGGAGCGCCUUGCCAGAGGAUUCUUUCCAGGAAAUGCGCAAGGCUGCGAAGCCUUCUUGCGGCACAAGAUGACUCUUAUUUCCCCUUUAAUACUUAAAAAAUUUGGCAUUCCUAUCGAGAAGGUCACCCAGGAAGCAGGCCAGUUCAUCAUUACAUUUCCUUUCAGCUAUCAUGCUGGUUUCAACCACGGCUACAACUGCGCUGAGUCCACCAACUUUGCCACUCAGAGAUGGAUUGACUAUGGCAAACAUGCAACAAUGUGCACAUGCCGUCAAGACAUGGUGAAGAUUUCAAUGGAUGUGUUUGUACGCAAGUAUCAGCCAGACCGAUAUAAACUUUGGAAGGCUGGUAAAGACCACACUCCCAUUGACCACUCCAAACUGUCACCUGAAGCAGAAGAGUUCUUAAAAGUCAAGAGCGAACCUAAAAAGGAGUGUGAGGAUGAACCUAUAUCAGAAGUGCCCAAGCUCUCAGCCCAGGAAGACACCAGCUGCCCAAAGCCAGAAACUGGUAUUAAACGGAAGCUUGAAACUGUUGAUGUCUCAGCAGCAGCAGUUCAAGCCAAGGCAAAUGAAGAUGAGAACGAUGAGGUGGAGUUAAAGAAGGCAAAGCUGAGCAGUGCAGUGGCUGAAACUGUAGCCACAGACCUGCCAGACGUUGGCUUAGAAAAAAAUGUCAACCUCCAGUCGAAGGUCCAGUCCAAAAACAAGAAAGCUUUAAACAAAAAGAGUCCUUUAAAAAAGGAAAAGAAUGGUCUUCCAUCACAAAAUUCCUGCCCGCCUCAUCUAGUGGAAGCAACGGAAAAGGCUCCAUGCCCCGUUCAGAAAGAAGCUGCUGUGGAGUCAGAGCUGAAUAGCACCAGUCCAGCCGGGAAACAGUUUCAGAGGACUCUGAGUCCUGCGGAUGUCCUGCAUGUCCACAGUUAUGCCAAAGGAGACUACGCUGAAGAGGAGACACCACUCAGGGACGACAAGGUCGAAAGUGAGGUGGACAAUGACAGCAAGCGUGGCAGCAAUGCCCCGGUGACAGAUAUUCUGAUCGCGGAAAAUCUGGAUCAGAAAAAGGAUCUCGGACAGCUGCCUGGCCACCAUCCUCUUAUCAAGGAUGGCAUAAGUCAUGAAGGUGCCACUGAAGACUCAACUAUGGUGGAGGAGGAGGGUCUGGAGGGAGAAAGCUGGGCCAAACCUCUGGCUCACCUGUGGCAGAGCAGACCUCCCAGUAUGAAGAAGGAGAGAGAGUACAACCACCGUAUGGGCUCCAAACCUCCCUACUGCUCCAUCUGCUUGCUGUUCCACACUUACAAGCAGAUUGAAGGUGGCAAUAAUCCGAUGGUGACAGCAGGUGAGUGGAUGAAGAGCAAGCCUCUGAUCCCAGAGGUGUGCUUCACCACGACUACAGAAGAGGACUCGGAGUCCAAGAAGCAGUCAGUCAGUCCCUAUCUGGAGGACGAUGGGACUAGCCUGCUCAUCAGCUGCUCUCAAUGCAGUGUGCGAGUCCACACAAGCUGUUACGGUGUGGAUCCAUCCAGUGUGAGCAAAGAUUGGAAGUGUGUGCGCUGCAAAGCCAAUGCCCUGAAGGAGACCUGCUGUUUGUGCUCACUAAGAGGCGGAGCCUUGCAGAAGGCAAACAACAACAAAUGGGUCCAUGUGCUUUGUGCCCUGGCUGUCCAGGAGGCUCGAUUUGUCAACGUUGCCAAUCGCUGUCCUGUGGAUUUGAGUGGAAUUCCUUUGCAAAGAUUUAAACUGAAAUGUUACUACUGUAAGAAGCGGAUGAAAAAGGCCACUGGCUGCUGUGUGCAGUGCUCUCAUGGACGCUGUCCUACGGCCUAUCACCCCACGUGUGCUCAGGCUGCUGGGGUGCUCAUGCAGCCAGACGACUGGCCCUUCGUCGUGCACGUCACCUGCUGUCGACACAAGGGUCCUACUCAAAUCGAGCGCAAUAAAGCUGCCAUGCAAGAUCUUAGCGUGGGCCAGAAAGUAAUUUGUAAGCACAAGAACGGCCGCUACUACCAAUGUGACGUGGUGCAGCUGUCUAAAGAAACUUUCUAUGAGGUCAACUUUGAUGAUGGCUCGUUCAGUGACAAUCUUUUUCCAGAAGACAUAGUUAAUCGAGACUGUGCCCAGCUUGGACCACCGCCCCAGGGGGAGGCCGUCCAGGUGCGGUGGACGGAUGGCCUGGUGUAUGGGGCCAAGUUUGUGGCGGCUCAUGUCACGCAAAUGUACCUGGUGGAGUUUGAGGACGGCUCACAACUAACAGCAAAGAGAGACGAUGUCUACUCUCUGGACGAGGAGCUGCCAAAGAGGGUCAAAUCCAGACUGUCAAAAGCGUCAGACAUGAGAUUUGAUGGAAUCUUUGAAGAGAAGGAGAUCAUCCGAGAGUCCAAACGGCAGAGAGUCAUCAACUCGCGCUACAGAGGCGACUACAUUGAGCCUGUCAUAUACAGAGCCAUCAUGGAGUAGCCUUGCUUCUGGACAAGCACACACACACAGGCUUGUAUCUCUAUCCUGCUGGGGACCUUUCUCCCUAAAGCCAGCCAUCUGAAACAAAUGGUUAGCCCUAACCAGGAUUCUUAACCCAACUGAAAGCCAAUUAAAAUGACCCAGUUAUGUUGGAAGUUUUCAUCCUCUAAUUGAGGCUUAACCAUUCGAGGAUCUGGAAAAAUGUCCCCACAAAAGCAUAAGGUCCCCACAAGGAGGUGCUUUGUCAACAGUUGGUCCCCACAAGGACAGAUACACAAGUACACACACACACACACCAGCAGCACUGUUACCCCGGACUCACACCAAAAGCAGUGGCGGCUUGUGGCAGCCUUUUGCAUCAUGCAAAAACAAGUGAAACGACACCAUAUUGAGUGAUUUUUGUGUUUAAUACUGGUUAAAUUAAAGCAAAAUAAUCGGUAAAUAAUCUCUACAGAGAAAACCUUUCAUCUGCAUUCAUUAUGAUUUGCUGCAGACCCACAAUAUGUUUAUAUCCACUCUCGCACAGUGAGAGGGUGUCUGCAGUAGUCUGUGUGAGUGACGCUUCACAGCGAUCAACUCAAGUACAACUUGACCGAGCUCCAUGUCACAAAAAGUAGAACUAAAUCUGAUUUCUAGUUUGCCAGCAACGCGCCGCACCUCAAUAGGUGUGAGUCAGUUUGCGUUUAUUCUGUUUCAUUGUGUUGGCGCCGCUCAAAAGCCACGUUUGGUGUGCGUCCGGGAUUGAGGUGUUCCACUUAGCAGCUAGCCACUGACCACUUCCUUCAGGACUUUUGUACUGUUUUUCUUUCCUUUCUCUACUUUUGAUCGGUCAGAGUGGUGUUUGCUUAUUUUUGCUGAGAUCAAGAAAACUGCAGCAAUUUAACUUGAGGUUUUUGAGAGAGCUGUCUUGAAGCCCUGGGGAGCAUUUUUGUAGCGAGGAGCCCGAACACUGUCCGCAGUAAUGAACAAUGUUUUAUGCUGAUUUUUUUUUAGAAUAAUGUGGUGGAUGUUAGUCCCUCUGUGUAAGCCUCUAAACAUAUUUAUUAUUCAUUGAUUGUAUUGAAAACUUCCCAAAACCUAUCAAUAACCUCUUAUUUCUCUCUUUACUGGCCACUUUUUAAAAUCUUUAAAAACAUCGCAUCAAAAGCUUAAGAUUUGCCGUCCAGUCACCGCAUGCUGUUUGAAAUUGAAAUUCCUUUUGUCUUGUCUUUCACCUUUAUUUUCACCUUCUUUGUGUGGAUUUCCUGUGCGCUGUUCAAUCAUAAUUUGAAUUCAUUUAAAGGUGGAAGUGCUUUGCCACCAAAUCAAGACCCUUCCAGUUAAUAUGCUUGAGCCAUGUUUGAAGACAUUUCUAUUUAUUAUUACUAUUGACGUUGUUGCAAGGCUAAGGGAUGAUGAGAAAUUAUCCAGCCGACAUUUACAGGAACAGCAAUAAUUAUUGUUUGUUUGUGAUUAUAAUUCAUGCUUGCGUUUUGUUCUAAGGGUGGGAUGCUCUGACUGCAGCACUAAGAAGCAUAAAUCUUUGUCGUAGAAAAGAUUUGAUCACACAGUCAUAAAAACAACGUUCUACUGAGUCGUCACGAAUAUUACGGUUCACACGGACAGAGACAUAGUGUGUGUGAAAUAGAGAAUGAAUUCAUUGAAUCCAACGUUUUUUCAAUAAAAUGAGGAUUUUGUUUUCUUAUGCUAUACAGAGAGGCUGCAUCAGUCAAGGAUGACGCCCACCUGUCAUGUAAGCCUGUUUGAGUUUGCCCACAACCUCUCGGGAGUGUUGAAGGACUUGCAUUAUUUACUAGACGCUGAAGAAGGCCACAUGUGAUUUAGGCUUCUGCUGCUCUGCUCGUGUCAUAAACAUGGCAUGAUUCCGGCACUUACUUGCCUAUGGAUCCUUUUACAGUGGUGACAUCACCAAGUUUUUAAAUGGAAACAAUGAAUAAUUUGGGGAUAACUGAUUCUUACUAAAGGUUUCAUUCCUGUACAGUUGUUGAUCUAAGAUACUCGAUUGCUCUGCUGUUUUGAAUGGUGCUGUAACAUGUAGUCUCCAGAGAGCUCAGUUGCCUGGGACAGACAUCGUCCUCAGAAUGUUCUGGUAGUAUAAGACAGUGUCACGUCACACGACAUGAAUCACCAGUGGUCUUCUUAAAGGCUUCUCUGACUCCUCUUGCUCAUAGUAUUAACGGUGGAAUAUUGGUGGACUAGUUAAAACAAAACGGAAAAAUCUGCUUAGGAAACGGACUGAUGACUCUGAUCCAGAAUCACAUUCCUCUCCUGAAAAUGUACAACCUUUGUAAAUAUUACGGUGUAAAGAAAGAGUGCAGUGAAAGCUGCUGUUGCGGUGUUCAGAGGUGCAUUUUCUAUUUUUUCUACUCAUAAAGUUUUCUAUGAAUAUUUAAAAUUUCUAUCAAUUCGUGCUCCCUCUUCUACUGAAAGUCUUUGCACUUUGAUUGAAAGCCAGAUCUUAGGGACUUGUGAAUAGUUGUGUGCUGCCGUCAUUCAAUGUUCUAGAAUGUUAUUUGUAUAUAAAAUGUGUCUUUCAAAAUGUGCUCUGAUCAUAUGAGACACUUGUUCAUUCCCAUGUUUCGCCUGGUGAGUGUGAGUCAUCGGUGGAUUUAAAGCUUACUUGUGAAUGAUCAACAUAUAUCCUUGCAGAGUUUUUUGUUUGUUUGUUUUGUAAAACAUGUCCAGUGUGUCAACGUCAUGUAGUCUGUUUGCAGACCUCCGAAAUAAGCUUUCCACCCGUGUCCUUUCAUCUAAAUUGGAAACCAAUUCCAGUUGAAGCAUUUUAUAACAGUCAUGGCUUUGUUUUUAACAUAAAUAUA